UCAGGACUAGCUAGCUCUCUCCGCCAUCUCCCCACCCAGACCCUUCCGAAUUAGCAAGUGUGUUAGACGAUCUCGAGGGAGGGGCGCGCGCGCGCGGCAUGGGUCUCCCGCUUGAGCAGUGGCGCGGCAGCGAGGCGGCGGACAGCGGCGGCAAGCAGGCGGAGGCCUCCGGGUGCAGGACGCCGAGCGGGUCCAAGGCCCGCGCGGCCGCCGACGGGGGCUGCCCCGCGCCUCCUAGGAAGAGGAGGGCCGCGCCCGGGGCCGUCUCGCAGCAGGGCGGCAGGGGCUUCUACGCCGGCGCCGACGUCGAGGCCUUCUUCGCCGCGAACAACCUCUAGUCUAGAACGUAGACCCUGUCUAUCUAUCUAUCUAUCUAUCUAUCUAGCAACAUGCAGCUCCAAACUGCUCAUGAUGAUCUAGCUUCUGUGCAUGUGGUGCACACGCACAAGGUCGGGGUGCUUAGUUAGCUAGCUAGCUAAGUAAGUGAGAUUUGCCUAAGUAUGUACGUACGUGUAAGUUGCUUCUCUGCAGCUGUGGGUUGGUGAUAGUGUAUGUCUACGCAUGCACCUCCGCGUAUUUUUUUUACUAGCUUGUGUGUGUGUCAACGGUAGGCCGUCUGCUGCGUGCGUGCCUUUGGUUUCUGUAAGAUAUAUUUGUGUGAACUAGGCGGUGUUUCUGUUUGCCUUUAUGAUCGAGCAGAAUUAUAUAUGCUUGUUGGUUGA